AUGAGACUCUCGGCAAAGAAGACUGCUCUCUUUUUAUUUUACCUCUGUCUACUAAUAUUUGCCGGGCUGCAGAUUUACGGGGCCUUUGCAAAUUAUGGAAAUGACAGUAAAAAAAUGUUUUGGAAUCUCGACUGGAAUAAACCUCACAUGCACGUCCAAAUUGGCGAAAAUGCCAACAGCAUUGCUCCAGAAACUGCGUCUAGACGUCCUCAGCAUGGCUAUGUAACGAAACGUGCUGGAACUAUUCCUCAAAAAGCGACAAAAACUCGCACUGAUGUGCCUUUUAUUCCAAACUGGAAAGACAUGGAGUCAUUUCGCCGGGAUGUAGAGUUCCUCAACCAUCAAGGCUUCAUCUACAAUGAGCUGAAAUUCAAACCGAGGCUGACGGCUGAAAGUAUUGUUUUUCUGGUUCAGGUUCACAGUCGAGCUGACCAGCUGCAGAUGCAGAUAGACUCCUUUAGCAAAAUGAGGUACAUCAACGAAACGUUGAUCAUCUUCAGCCACGAUUUCUAUUCUCAGGAUGUGUUUGAUGUCAUAGCCAAGAUAGAUUUCUGUCCAUAUGUUCAGAUAUUUUACCCGUAUGCUAUUCAGGUGUAUAACAACCAAUUCCCAGGAGAUGACCCCAAAGACUGUCCGAGGAAUUUGAUAAAGGACGAGGCCCGGAAACGGAAGUGUAACAACGCCGAGUAUCAAGAUCCUUACGGACAUUACCGAGAAGCCACGCAUGCGCAGUUGAAGCAUCACUGGUUGUGGAAGCUGCAGUUUAUUUUUGAGAACUGCUCUUUACUGCGAAAUUUCGAAGGGAUAAUAUUUCGUCUGGAUGAUGAUUACUAUUUGGCAGAGGACACGAUAGACUACUUGAGGAAACUGGAUCGCCAGAGUCGGAUUCAGUGUCCAGAGUGUAAAAUGUACAUCAUGGGUCAGUCCACUGAUUAUUCACACGACGAAUACAAGUCUGGUGCAGCCAAGAAAGAUUACUGGUGGGCAGGAAACGGAAGAGGUAUGGCCUUCAGGAAAGACUUCUGGAAGCUGUUCAAAGAUUGUGCCAAAUCAUUUUGCCUGUUCGACGAUUGUAACUGGGACUGGUCGCUAAUGCACGUGACCGCCACGUGCAUCCCAGGUGGUCUGAAAAUCUUAAAACCUCUAGGUAGUAGAGUCUUCCAUUUGGGAAGUUGUAAGGGAUUCCAUCAAAACAGAAGUUGCAAAACUACUGAUGUUUUGAAUAAUGUGCUGGGUAUUUUAAGACGCAACAGAAAUUAUCUCUUUCCUGAAAAUGUGAAUAUUCCUAUCGAUUUUCCUUCGAGGUCUACGCUGGAUGUACCGUAUGGAGGGUGGACUGAUAUCAGAGAUCAUCAAAUGUGCCUUAGGAUUUUCAAUAACGAGUCCUUAUCGACUACAGACUUUAGAAAAAUACACCAGAAGCUGUUUCGUUGA